UGCCCAGAAGGUGAACAAGUCCAACAGGUUCCCUCAGUCACUCUUCUCGAGUGUACUCCAGUUGUCCACUCAUCAGUUUACUUGUGUCACUGAAAUGAUCAGCAACUUUCACGUGCUUCUCUUCCUGGGUCUCAGUGUCAGGGCUUUUGCUGUCCUGCCCUCCCUAAGGGACAGUGAUUGGGGAUUUGUUACGGUGCGACCUGGGGCUCAAAUGUUCUAUUGGCUGUUUACAACUCGUGCGGAAGUGAGAAAUCCCCAGGAACGGCCAUUAAUUGUGUGGCUUCAAGGCGGACCAGGUGCAUCGUCUACAGGUCAUGGAAAUUUUGAGGAAAUCGGUCCCCUUGAUGUGGAUCUAAUGUCCAGGAAUUCUACCUGGGUCAGAGAUUACAAUGUCCUAUUCAUCGACAGCCCAGUAGGAUCGGGAUUUAGUCAUGUGGAGCAUACGAAUCUUCUACCAACGGGCAAGAAUCAAAUAACAGCUGACCUAGUAACAUUCCUGGAGCAUUUCUUUGAGAAACAUCCGCGCCUAUUGACGGCUCCUUUACACAUCUUUGGCGAGAGCUAUGGAGGAAAAGCUGCAGUGGAGCUUGCUCUAAGUCUCACGCGCCAAAUAUCCCGGAAGGGCAUGAAAAUCCUACCAGAAUCUGUUGUUUUGAUAGAUCCGUGGAUUUCUCCAUUGGAUUCCAUGCUCUCCUGGGCACCUUUCCUUUUCAACACCGGUGCAAUUGAUCGAAAGGGGUUUGCAGCUAUUGUGGGAGCUACCAUGAGAACUCAGGAAGCUGUCAAGAGGAGGGAUUACCGACGAGGAACGAAAUUGUGGGGAGAAACUGAGAAAACCAUUCAAAAAUUCACCUACGGAGUAGAUUUCUACAACAUCCUGAAGCCCAUCCCAUUCAAGUCUAUCAGAAAAAAUCGAUUUGGUGUACAGUACGAAGAGGAUGAAGCUCGGAUUCACGAUCUUAUGAAUGGACAGGUAAGGAGAGCUCUCAACAUCCCUAAGAAAAUAAUAUGGGGAAGCCAGAGACAGGCAGUUUUUGCCGCCCUAUCUGGAGAUUUCCUCAAACCAGCCACUGAUGCUGUGGAAAGACUUCUCAAUAAGACAGAUGUGAAUGUGGCAGUAGUCAACGGGCAGCUUGAUUUGAUUGUAGCCACUCCUGGAACCCUUCGUUGGGUUGAGAGGCUACACUGGCCGGGAAAGCAGAAUUUCCUCAGUUCUGAGAGAAAAGCCAUUGUGGUGAACGAGAUCCACGAGGGAUACGCCAGAAAAUACAGUAGUCUCUCAUUCUACUGGGUUCUCAGAGCAGGGCAUAUGAUCCCCAAAGACAAUCCGGGAGCAAUGUCUCAUAUACUCAGGAGUGUUACGAGUUUCCCUUAGUAAAUCCAAGUAUACAAAUAAAAAACAAUUACUCACCACACAGGUUGUCUUUUCUGCUAUGAAUUUCAUCUGAAAAAUAUAUUUUUAUCACUGAAAA